AUGCCGCGUACUGCCACCGUUGAGCGCGUCACUAGCGAGACGCAGAUCACCUGCACCCUUGGCCUCGAUGUCGCCCCCGGCGCCAAGCAGCAGAUCGACGUCUCGACCGGCAUCGGCUUCCUGGACCACAUGCUGACCGCCAUGGCCAAGCACGGCGGCAUGGAGCUCGACAUCAAGUGCAAGGGCGACCUCCACAUUGACGACCACCACACCACCGAGGACUGUGGCCUCGCCCUCGGCGAGGCCUUCAAGAAGGCCCUGGGCGAGCGCCGCGGCAUCAAGCGCUACGGCUACGCCUACGCUCCCCUCGACGAGGCCCUCUCGCGCGCUGUCCUGGACAUUUCGUCGCGCCCUUACUUCUCCGGCGAGCUUCCCUUCACUCGCGAGAAGAUUGGAGACCUCUCGACCGAGAUGAUCUCGCACUUCCUCGAGUCGUUCGCCUUUGCCGCCGGUGUGACUCUCCACGUCGACUCGAUCAAGGGUGUGAACAACCACCACAUCGCCGAGGCCUCGUUCAAGGCUCUCGCCCUCGCCAUCCGCAUGGCCGUCACCGAGACCGGCUCCAACGAGGUGCCCAGCACCAAGGGCGUGCUCGCCGUCUAA